UUAGAGCUUUGAACUUUUAGACUUUCAGACUUUCAGACUCCUCUGUCUAAUCUCUCCAUCAAACAUCAAGAUGUCUUCAUCAGACUUAACAACACCCUGCCCAGUCAGCCUCCCAAAAUUCUCUGUCACAACAUCCAGUGAUGGAGACACAGAAACCAAUUUCGCACAAACUAAAGAACCUUUCGACAUCGACUCGUAUUCCGAACCCGAAAAUUCCGAAGAUGAUAUCAAGAUAAACACUACUAAAAACAAUCCCUCACACCCAACCUCUAACGACUUUCAAAGCCAAAUCCAAAGCCAAAUCCAAAUCUCAGAACUAGCCGAGCCUCCCACAUCACCCCAUACUUUUUCUACCUCAAGCGAAUUCUCAGACCCAACAACAGAUGAUCUCAUCCAAUAUGCAUCUGACAUUUCUCUUUUCGCAGUAAAUCCUGAUAUCGAUUCACAUCACGAACAUUUCCUUACUAAAUCGAAUCAUGAAAUGCAAGAUUUGGCAAAAUUGAGAGAUGUGAUUACGAGGAAACCUGUUGGCUUUCGGCGUUUGAGAGAUAUGGAUGUAUCGACGAGUGGUGUUCAUGAUCAGGUAAGGGAUUUUGGGGCGGAAGUAGCACGUCCGAAUCGUGUUAUUGAUUUUAUGCGCUCGUUGUCGUUGUUGUCGGCUGAGAUACAGGUGCGAGAAUUUGUAACUCGGUUACGGUUGAAGGUGCCGUUUGCUAGAGUAUCUUUAGUAUCGAGAUCGCCUAGGAUGAAAAUGAGGGAUUUUGAGGCACAGCCACCGAGGGGUACCGUGAGAGCUAGAGGUUCUUUGGCGGGUAUUAGUCGCAAGAUUGAAGAUUUUCCGGAGUGUGUUAUUCGUCCUGUGGUUGAGCAGGAUGAAUUUGAACCUAUUGGUAGAUAUGGACCAGUUCAAAGAGCUAGGACAGAUGAUGCAUUCCAAUCAAGUGCGCUACCCCAACAUCGCAAUGAUGCAUCUGUAGUGCCUGCUCUAUCAUCGAAUACCGUAGACCCUAGAUCUCCGUUAGCGGGAACGAGUCUGCGUGUUGGGGGUUUACUCGCAUGGGUUCUUAAUCCUGCCGCUGAGCAAGAUGAAUUUAAACUAUUCGGUGGAUUCCAGCAAGUCGAAAUAUUUCAAUCAGUUGAUGAAUACCAAAACGUCAAUGCAUCCCAACCACAAUCACUCACAACCCCACAAAAACACACCCAAGCAACCCCUCUAGGAACUAUCUCAAACAAAUCACAAAUCACCAAAUCCAGCCCACUAAACCUCCUAAACCACGCCCUAUACCAAAACUACCCCAACAUAAUCAACGGCGAAAAACCAGAAUGGAAAAUUAGUUCCUCAGCCGCUGAAGAACUAUUCCCGGCCUCGUCCGAUGAAGAAUCAUCGCUCAUGGAAGAAGAACAAAACAAUACACUAGAACCACCACCUGCUCCGGUUCUAGGAAAUCUAAGUACCCCUGAUUUAUCAGUGAUGGAUUUGAAUUUAGAUUUAGAUUUAGAUUUGCAGGAUGAUGUGAGAUCGGUUUUUCGGGUUUCUUCUAGACGUGCUAAAAAGUCAGGGAGUUCAUUAAAAUAUUCGAGAGGGGAGGAAAUGAAUGAGCAAUCUAUCAUUGCAAUUAGUACCGGUGAGGUGUCUGAAAAUUCAACGAGUUUGACUAUCCAGAGUGUCGUCGCACUACCAAGUCCUUUGACUUUAAGCGAGCGAUUAAGCUUAGAACCGCGGAUUUUUCGCUUGCUUUCACAUUCUCUACAUGCAUCUCCAUACCAUCCCGCAGAAAUUGCGCAACGUAUCGAUACUAACUCUAAUUGCCAUCUUGAUGUCUGGCCCACUAUAGCCCUCGCCCUCGGCAUCCCUAUCCUCCCUUCUCAUCUGCUUACACCGUCUUCGCUGCAAGCCCUAGGAACAAUUUCCAAAUUGGUAGAAUUAGAAGAGGGAUAUUUAUCUGAUGAAUUACAUCAAUGGGCAUUGGGACAACACCAGAUUUUCCUCUGGAUAAAUUCUGGUGCGCUAGAGGAUGGGAUUGAUGGGAUUUUUGAGGAGCCUCGGAUAGGUUCGCAGGGACAGGGAUUCGAUGAGGAUUGCGAUGGAGCAGAUAGUGAGGAUAGUAUACUUUGGGAUUAUGAGGAUGUAGAAGCGUUUGCUAGGAGUGAGAUAGUGCGUUUUAGACGGGGGUUGGAAUGGAUUCAGGAUGUGGAUGUGGAUGUGGAUGUGCAUUUGGAUGUGGAGGGUGAGGAAGGCACUGUGUGUACGUUACCGGAUGAAGUGUAUAAUUUUUGUGGGGAUGAGGAGAUUAUACAUCGGAGUGUUAGUGAGCCGGUUGAGGAAUCAGAAGGAUGCUCGGCUGUUUUGAAGGAGUAUUAUGAGAUGAAAAGAAAUGCGGGCGGAGAGUCUAACCUAUCUUUGUCGUCAAGUCAGAGUCUGAUACACAGAAUUAGGAAGUCAGUGGUAUUAUGGGCUUCAGCGAAUUAUUGGUGAUGGAUAAGAAUUAUCAAAGGGUCCUUUUGAAAGUUGGUCCUCGCUUCUUUAGAGCUAAUGGUAUCUGCAGAACAUGCAUGCGUAUACAGAUGCUGUGAUUUCGGUUGAUAAAAUACUCGGUGACAUUGCUGGAAGAGAAUCUGGGAGAGGAUAUUCAGACUUGAUGAGUGAAGUUUCCUACUGUGUCUGUGGAUCAACCGAUUGGUGGUAAGAAUUUCAUGGGAGGUGGUGCAGGGCUUGAUGAUUCGAAUGAACCCGGUGGAGGUGGUGGUAAG